CUUUACUAUUCUCCAAAGAAUUCUUUCAUUUCAAGAUGGCUUCAUGUUCUCGUAAACUUCCACGCAUCAGUGAUAAGAUUUCAUCACCAUCUGCAUCUGUUAUUGCGAACAAUAAUGAUCUUUUAAUACCUAUAUUGUUGUAUUUGCCGGUAAGAUCUCUUAUUGUUUUCAAAUGUGUAUCAAAAGGUUGGUCCUCUCUCAUUUCAGAUCCAUUGUUCAUUCGUAAGUACACAAUCCAAGCACGCCUUUCAAGUCCAGGAUUAUUCUUGCUGAAAUUGUCUUAUGCUGACAACUUCGCAUAUGAAUUUAUCAGACUGGAUGGUAAGAAAGUCAAUGGUGGUGUGCCUUUAAAAUUUCUCAAUUUUGUGAAUGAUGCACCAGGUUUAAAGAUUGAUGGAUCAUGUAAUGGACUUAUCUGUUGUAGCAGCUUUAGAUGUGCGCCUACAAGUGACGAAACCUAUUACAUCUACAAUCCAUCCACAAACCGGUACAAAAGCAUACUUAAAUUUGAGCAUCAGCCGAACAGUUUAGUUUCGGUUCGCAGUGUGAGCGUAGCUUUCAAUCCACUUAUAUCACCUCAUUACAAAGUUGUCUUUGUUUGGGAGGUUGGCAAAGACCAACUCCAGAUUGAGAUUUUUGAUUUGCAAACUGCUACCUGGAAGGUCUCCGGAAAACCUUUCCGUGGACAUAAUGAUUCGUUCCGCAGGUCUGGUGUGUUCUGGAAUGGCUCAUUGCACUGGAUCAAUGCAACAAAGUUUGGCAAGUGGAUUAGCUUAAGUAACUCUUUUGGUUAUUUUGAUAUGGAACAGGAACUACUAAUGGAAAUGCCAGUGCCGCCAACACCGGAUAUUGAUGAAGGGUAUGACAGGAGGAUUGGGUAUUUUGGUGCAUACAAGGGUUGUUUGCAUCUUAUACCAAUUUACAAUCACUAUUCAACAUGUUUUGAGAUACUGGAAAUGGACAACAAUUACAGAUCUUUGCAUGGAGUGGAAUUCUCAAUCUUGCUUGUUCGAGAAGAAGAUAAAGAAGAAGAAUCAAAUCUAGUAAUCCAUAUACCUGGUAAGAUUAUUUGCUACAAGUUUAAGGACAUGAGUUUCAUAACAACACAUAAUUUGUCGCCAAAUCCUAUUGGGGAGGAAUCACUUCAUUACAGGUGGUUUUACGCCCAUCAAUACAUCGAGUCACUCGCUAUUGUUUAACCGCUCGUUUAUAAACUCUAUGCAUCGCCAGUGCGCAG